UGGUAAGUUGGUGUCUCCCAAAUGGAAGAACUUCAAAGGUCUAAAACUACUUUGGAGAGACAAAAUCCGCCUCAACAACGCCAUAUGGAGAGCCUGGUAUAUGCAGUAUGUGGAGAGAAGGGAGAAUCCUGUUUGUCACUUUGUAACUCCCCUGGAUGGAAAUAUGGACUUGGACAUUCAUCGCCCUGCUGAGGCUACUGCCACAGAGGGGAAAUGCUGGAAAAGAAGAAUUGAAAUUGUCAUAAGAGAAUACCACAAGUGGAGAACAUACUUUAAGAAAAGGUUACAGAAGCACAAAGAUGAGGACCUCUCGAGCUUGCUUAAGGGGCCAGAGGAGCAGUUCUCGCUGUUUGGGGAAGUCUCUCCAGACAUGCUCCGUGUCUCCUUUUAUCAGGAUGAAGAGACCGCAGCGCGUCGUGUGCCUCGUAAGCAUAAUGAAAUGCCUGCUCCUAUGGAGAUGGACCCGCUCUUUGACAUGGAUGUUCUGAUGUCUGAGUUCUCAGACACAUUGUUCUCUACGUUGGCCUCGCACCAGCCCAUAGCCUGGCCCAAUCCAAGGGAGAUUGCUCAUGCAGGGAACGCAGACAUGAUCCAACCAGGACUCAUCCCCUUACAACCCAACCUAGACUUCAUGGACUCCUUUGAUCCACUACAAGACUUAUUUCACAGCCUCCGUCCGUCCAUCUUCCCCUCUGUUUCUCCCACUGCAUCAUCUGUCACCCCUCUACCCAGCAGCAGCUCUCAGUCACAGGCCCAGUUAAUGUCUCCCAUGCAACUCACAACCAAUCACAUCUCCCCUCCCGGCCCCCUGCCCCUUCCCUCUCCCAUGGCCAGUCGAACUGUUGGCGGUGGUGCUGAUGCUGCCUUUGUACAAAACUACAUGCCUCUUUUUCCUGGGCAAGUGGCGCCCAGUGAUCAAGCUGUAGUUUCUGCUGUUUCUCAGCCAUUAUCCCAUGAUCCUCUGGCACAGUGCCUCUCAGGUCGGGACAUGGCCUCAGUGGCACCCAUGGUUCCCUCUCCCUUGGACAACACCUCAGCGCUGUGUGAAACUGCAGCGCCAUCUGUGAUUACACACACGGCUUCUUCUACUGUGACGCCCAGCGAAGCAGCCCCCACCUUCAGCCAUGGCUCAGACUAUAGCUCCUUAUCCACACAACCUCCUCCAUCUCAACUCCAACCCUUGGCCCCAUUGCCCGCCACCUCUGUCCAGCACCCUCAGACUUUUGCCCUGCCUCGCCCCUUUCAGCCGUGCAGUGCCAACAAAAACCGUCCUGUGCAAAGGAUUGCUCCUGCUAACACCCUCCCCUCUUCCCACCUCAUCCUCACAGCUCCUUUCCCAGGUCGUAGUAACGAUGUGAUUGUUACACCAACACCUCUGAAAGCAGAUGUGGUCCCUAAUACCGUAGUGGUCAUUGCUCGUUCUCAUCUUGGAGGGACGCAGAAGUCUCCGCAGCCGAUUGUCCCCAAAGAAAAGUCUUUUAGCCGCAAAAAUCAGAAAGUCUCGUCUAGUGUCGUUCACAGUCAACCGGGAUCAGGUCAAGGAUCACCGUGUGCGUUUGAUCAAGUUCCUAGUCCCCAGUCACUGAUUAGCAGCAGCAGUACACCUCUGGUAAAGAAUGAACAAAAUCAGAGCCGAAGGACAACACACAUAUCUGCUGAGCAAAAGAGACGAUCAAACAUAAACAUUGGCUUUAAAACACUCUGCAACCUGGUUCCCACUUUAAAGUCACAAUCAAAUAUCACAAAUGCAGUCACAUUGCAGAAGACAGUGGAGCACAUUGGGAAGCUCCAGCAAGAGAGGCAGCAGAUGCAGGAAGAGGUCAAGAGAUUACGAGAGGAGAUAGAGGAGCUCAACACCUCCAUUAACUUGUGUCAAGAACAGCUUCCUGUAACAGGGGUUCCCAUCAGGCGGAAUCGCUUCGACCACAUGCAAGAGAGGUUCAAUGAAUACGUAAAGAGCCGCACUCUUCAGAACUGGAAGUUCUGGAUUUUCAGCAUCAUCAUCAAGCCUCUCUUUGAGACAUUCAAUGGGAUGGUGUCAACUACAAGCACAGCAGAGCUGUGUCAGACCACGUUGCAAUGGUUUGAUCGUCACUGCUCCCUUCCAAUGCUCAGACCCAUGGUGCUGAGUACCCUUCGUCAGCUGAGCACAACCACGUCCAUUCUUAGUGAUCCAUCCCUGCUGCCCGAAGAAGCCAUCCAGGCCGUCACACACACAGAUAUGUAGCCUUAAUCUCACAGGAGGUGAGGUCACCUGAACCUUUUAACAGCAAUCAUCAAAAUGACAUAUCACCUGUUAACCUUAAAGCCAGUCAGCAAGGUCACCACAUCUUCCACAGAUCCACGACUUCCCUGAAAAAUAAAUGAAAUUAUAAAUGCACGCUAGGUCUGGCUUACUAUGGUCAUACAUUUGUUCCGCUCUACAUUGACUCAUGCAGGGAGCCCCACCUUCAACACCUUUCUAACAAUUGUGCAAAAAUGGCACCUAAUACUGCCUUUACCGACUUCAGGUGAAGAUCUUUUAAAUGCUUUAUUGGUAGAUGGUACUUGUGGUUUGAUUUUUGAACAAUACAUAUUUAAAUUUAAAUUACUUUUACAAUGUAAAAACAGCAUUGUGUUAAAAAGGGAAAUCUUGAGUGAUUGUUCAUUUAUGUGUUCUCUCUCAUGUGUAUAAAGUGAAAGGAUUUGAUGCAGGAGAUGAAUGUGGGAUUUUUUUAGGACUAGCUAGCACUAUAGUUUGUGGGAUUUUUUUUCUUAAACCUCCCAUAAAGGGUUCACACCAGAAUGUAGAGGGUUGCCAGAAUCAUGGUCAAGCAGACCACUCAUGGGCUGAUCUGUGCUUAAUUAGUACUUGAAGAUGAGCGUCUUUUUCCAUCCCUCAUUUACUCAGGUGAUUGUUAUUUUGCCAGUUAACUAUAGUGGUUUCCUGGUGGUUUUCCGUCCGUGCUCGUCUUCCUUCGUGCUGUGCUUGCUCUGCCCAUUUCCAUCCAGUUCAACUGCAAAUUGUACAAGAAAGCGGUCAUGUUUGGUACAGUAUGUUACACACAUGGGUUCCUACUGGGCAGGUCACAGAAAAAUGGAGCGACAUUACUUACAGCCCUCAUAGGGAGUAGAACUGAAAUAGCAGUACAGAUCAUAUAUAUACUUCAUUCAUAUGUACAGUGUUACACGAUCCUAGCUGAAUACACAGAAGCUGUAGGGGUCUUUUCUUUGUUGGUCACUCAGGGCUGCGCUGGUCAGCGUAAUUCAUCAUGAACAAAUGGAGUCAGGAUCCUUCUCAGCAGGAAGACAUGGUGUCUGUAAAGGUACAGUCUGUCGUGUUAUAAGACACAGCACACAGAAACAGACCAAAAAGCCAUAUCAGAGUAAUUUACCUGUCCACUCAGUUCAUUAGUUUUGUGUUAUUGGUGUUAUAUUUGACGGAGCACUCGUGAAUUAGACACUGCAGAUUUAGUCAGCAUGUCUGACGUGCAUCAGCCUUAAGGUCAAAUUAAGUGCCCUUACUAGUGAUGUCUGCAGGCUGAUUAGUCUUUUUUUUUUUGUGGUUCAGCACUCCUCAGGCAGGCAUUGACUUUGCGACUUGUGUUUUUACUUUCCUGCAGAACAAACUUAAGUUUACUCUGACUUUUACAUUAGGAAAAGGCGAGGAAUGGAUAUUUGUUAUUUGGUGAAUGUGCAGCUUUUUGUGCAGUCUUUUAUUUACCUGUUGAGCGGUCAUUAAAAAAUUCACUUUUUACAGUGUACAGCAGUGCAGCCUCUUUGAGGCACAUGUAACGUUUAGCAGCCACGUAUAUCCAAAAAGAUGUAUUACUACAUUGAGAAAAUGGAAAUGCGCCUCUGAAUGCAGCUUUGCUUGUCAUGACUGUGGGUUAAAAUGUUUCCUUUCUUGGCUUUUUUCUUUUUUUAAAUUCCCUUAAAACAGGAUUUAACUUAUGACAGAAAUCCCUCAUGUUCCACUGCAGCUUGGCAUUUGUGUGGUUUGUUUGUUUUCUUUCCUCAUCCUAUGAUUUUAAACUGUUCAUCAUACCAGGUUGGAUUUCCAACUUUUGUUUGCUGUUUCUGUGAGGGGAAUUUGCAACAGAUGAUGUACAGUAUAUCAUUGCAGAUUGGAUCUGCCUAAAUUGUUUCUCCCCAAUUUAGUAUUGUAUUUCAUUUGUUUUAAGAAGUAAAAGUAUUUUAUUAUGCUGCAUCUGAGUGUUUUGUGUUUCUGAAAGGUUUAAUAUGCCUUAAAUGAUUUGGAAUCACAAUAAAAGCAACAACAAUGCAAAUCUUCA